GGCGCGUUCGGAGAGUCCCGGCGGCUGUUAACGCGCGCUUUGCGGAGAGGAACCUGUUGGGUGCCUUUGAUCUUUGGCUGAUGGGUACUUGACAUUUUAUGAUCCUGAGCCCAGGAUGAGGAAGAGCUUAGCUCCUAGCCAGCUGGCCAAGAGAAAACCGGAAGGCAGACCUGGUGAUGAGGAAGAUUGGCAGCCUAGGACAGUGACUCCCAAGAAACAGAAAUCCAACAGUGGGACCCAGAGCAAAGAGUGUUUCCUGUCGCCUUUUCGGAAACCUUUGACUCAACUAACGAAUCGACCACCCAGUCUGGACAGUAGUCAACAUGAAGCCUUUAUUCGAAGCAUUUUGUCAAAGCCUUUUAAAAUUCCCAUUCCAAAUUAUCAAGGUCCUCUGGGCUCUCGUGCAUUGGGCCUCAAAAGGGCUGGGGUCCGCCGGGCCCUCCAUGACCCCUUGGAAGAAGGUGCCUUGGUUCUGUAUGAGCCUCCCCCUCUGAGUGCCCACGACCAGCUGAAGCUUGACAAGGAAAAACUCCCUGUCCAUGUGGUUGUUGAUCCCAUUCUCAGUAAGGUCUUACGGCCCCAUCAGAGAGAGGGAGUAAAGUUCCUGUGGGAGUGUGUCACCAGUCGGCGCAUCCCUGGCAGCCACGGCUGUAUCAUGGCUGAUGAGAUGGGUCUGGGCAAGACGCUGCAGUGCAUCACAUUGAUGUGGACGCUUUUGCGCCAGAGUCCAGAGUGCAAACCGGAAAUUGACAAGGCAGUGGUGGUGUCACCCUCCAGCCUAGUGAAGAACUGGUACAAUGAAGUUGGGAAAUGGCUUGCAGGGAGGAUCCAACCUCUGGCCAUUGAUGGAGGCUCUAAGGACGAGAUAGACCAAAAACUGGAAGGAUUCAUGAACCAGCGUGGAGCCCGAGUGCCUUCUCCCAUCCUUAUCAUUUCCUAUGAGACAUUCCGCCUUCACGUUGGAAUCCUCCAGAAAGGGAGUGUUGGACUUGUCAUCUGUGAUGAGGGACACAGACUUAAGAACUCUGAGAAUCAGACUUACCAGGCCCUGGACAGCUUGAACACCAGCCGGCGGGUGCUUAUCUCUGGGACCCCCAUCCAGAAUGAUCUCCUUGAGUAUUUCAGCUUGGUACAUUUUGUUAAUUCGGGCAUUCUAGGAACUGCCCAUGAGUUCAAGAAGCAUUUUGAGUUGCCAAUUUUGAAGAGUCGAGAUGCAGCUGCCAGUGAGGCCGACAGGCAGCUAGGAGAAGAGCGGCUACGGGAGCUCACCAGCAUUGUGAAUAGGUGCCUGAUACGGAGGACCUCUGAUAUCCUUUCUAAAUAUCUGCCUGUGAAAAUUGAGCAGGUGGUUUGUUGUAGGCUGACAUCCCUUCAGACUGAGUUAUACAAGAAGUUUCUGAGACAGGCCAAGCCAGCAGAAGAGUUGCGUGAGGGCAAGAUGAGUGUGUCUUCCCUUUCUUCCAUCACCUUGCUAAAGAAGCUUUGUAAUCAUCCAGCUCUAAUCUAUGACAAGUGUGUGGAAGAGGAGGGUGGCUUUGAAGGUGCCUUGGAAAUAUUCCCCCCUGGUUAUAGCUCCAAGGCUCUAGAGCCCCAGCUAUCAGGUAAGAUGCUGGUCCUUGAUUACAUUCUGGCAGUGACCCGAAGCCGCAGCAGUGACAAAGUAGUGCUGGUGUCCAAUUACACUCAGACAUUGGACCUCUUUGAGAAGCUCUGCCGGGCUCGAAGGUACUUGUAUGUCCGCUUGGAUGGCACAAUGUCCAUUAAGAAGCGAGCCAAGAUUGUAGAGCGCUUCAACAAUCCAUUGAGCCCUGACUUUGUCUUCAUGCUGAGCAGCAAAGCUGGGGGUUGUGGCCUCAAUCUCAUUGGAGCAAACCGACUGGUCAUGUUUGACCCUGACUGGAACCCGGCUAAUGAUGAACAAGCCAUGGCCCGGGUCUGGCGUGAUGGUCAAAAGAAGACCUGCUACAUCUAUCGCCUGCUGUCUGCAGGAACCAUUGAGGAGAAGAUCUUUCAGCGCCAGAGCCACAAGAAGGCACUGAGCAGCUGUGUGGUGGAUGAGGAACAGGAUGUGGAGCGGCACUUCUCUCUCGGCGAGUUGAAGGAGCUGUUUACCCUGGAUGAGGCUAGCCUCAGUGACACACAUGACAGGUUGCGCUGCUGCCGCUGUGUCAACAAUCACCAGGUCCGGCCACCCCCUGAUGGUUCUGACUGCACCUCAGACCUGGCUCAGUGGAACCAUAACACUGAUAAACGGGGGCUUAAGGAUGAGGUACUCCAGGCCGCCUGGGAUGCUGCCUCUACAGCCAUCACGUUCGUCUUCCACCAGCAGUCUCAUGAGGAGCAGCGGGGUCUCCACUGAUAACCAGCUGGUCUGGGUGUAGCUGUUAGAGGAAGGAGACAGGGAAAGGGGGCUCCUUGCCCCAUAGGACCCUACUGAAUUUUGUUCUCUGGGACAAAAAUCAUCAAGGAGGGCUGCAUGAUGUUUGCCCAAAGUUUAUUUUAUAAGAAAACUUUUUUGGUUAAAAAAAAGAAAGGAAUAAAGGUAUGAAAGGGACUGAG